AUGGAGAAAAUGAUGCGACUCAGAUCACUGUUCCGAUCACUGAAUGGCAGAUCUUAUCACGUUUUUUCAGCCACCAACCAUAUCCUUCGUUCAACCUCUCUUCUCUCUCCUGCUCCUAUUCCGCUUUCUUCUCCCUCUUCCUCAGCAUGCACAGAAUGCAGGUCUCCUUUCUCGAUGGGUUUAGGGAGCAUGCGAUUCUAUAGCGAAGAUGUGACUCACAUGCCCAAUAUUAAAGACCCUGAGCUUUACAAUGUUUUCAAGGAUUUGUUGGCUGUAAAUUGGAGGGAGCUUCCUGAUUCUGUUGUUUAUGAUGUUAAGAAGGCAUUGUCUCAAAACACUGACGACAAGGCUGGCAAGGAGGUUGUGGAGAAUGUGUUCCGGGCAGCCGAAGCUGUUGAGGAGUUUGGUGGGAUUCUAGUCAGCUUGAAACUGGAAAUUGAUGACAGCAUUGGAGUGAGUGGCGAGGAUGUAAAGCCAUUGCCUAAUCAUAUAAGAAAUGCUCUGAGUAUCAUUUUUGAUCGCUACUCCACCUAUUUGAAUUCCUUUGGACCCGAUGAGAAUUAUCUGCGGAAGAAGGUGGAGAUAGAGUUGGGCGCAAGCAUGAUUCACUUAAAGAUGAGAUGCAGUGGCCUUGGUGCUGAGUGGGGAAAGGUUACGGUUCUUGGAACUUCUGGACUUGCAGGUUCAUAUGUUGAGCAAAGAGCUUAG